UUGGGGAGCAAGUCCGAGAUCCUGCUCCCUGAAACAGGCGUAGAUAAUUUUGACAAUGACACGCCACAGGUCGGAGCUCCCAAACUCUUAACCUCCUGUCAAGCUAUCCUAGCUCCCAUCACUAUACACAUUUCCAUUUGUCAAUGGCCAGAAUGUGCUGAUUCCCCCUGCUAACUGGAACUUGCUGAUUGAUGGACGUGUAUUAGAUUUCCUAUCACUUCUGAUUAAAUUAUAGCAGUGAACAGAGUGGGUAAUGGGAGAAUCAAGUUUGAUGACUAGGUUUUUGUCUUGAGCAAGAGAGUGGAUAGAUGUAGACUGGAGAGAUGAGGACCACUGGAAGAGGAGCAGGGAAAGUAUUUCAGGCAAAAGAGCAUGCCAGAAGGCCUCCAGAUGAGAGAGUUUGGCAUCUUCAACUUAGUAAGCUCUCUGGAGGAAUGGCUCCCCCUAGGAAGUAGUGGGCAACUGAGGAGGUUUAAGAAUGAAGUUAAAAGGAGGCCCCUUGGGUGUCAUAACCGCAAAGCACAACGGGAUUCCCACAUCUGAAAGUGUGACCUCAUCUGUCCUUUCAUUCAUUCAGUAAUACAGUUGCCAGAUGCUGUGUGAUAUUCAGUGCUAACCUGUGGGCACAGUUAAACCAUCUACUAAGUAAUGAAGACAUAAGUCACAGCAAUGACUUGGGAAUUGGACAUACCUGUGUUUCAACUUUGCUGUUUUACUAGCUGUGUGACUUUGGACAUUUUAGCCUCUGGUUUCCUUGUCCAUGUGAUGAUUAAUAAUAGCAUGAAAAUUGAACCAAGUAAUGGAAAAGGUACUGGUCAUAUAUUAAGUGCCAAAGAAUUACAAAUAUAAACAUCACUAUAAAAACCAGUGAGAAUGUAAGUGUUUAGCAUGAAGUCUAAAAAAGAGCGAAUUAAGGAGCAAGCAUUUAGCAGUGCAGGACUAGCAUCGUCCAGGGAGGGAUACGCUGGGUUUGGAGAACUUAAAUAUGGCUUGAGAGGUCAUCAGGAAUCCUAGACUGGUAGGAACUGCCUCCUCAUAGGCGCUCCUUACUGGAGUUAGCAAACCUUGACAUCUCUCUUUUUUUUUUUUUUUUAAUAUUUUAUUUAUUUGAGGGAGAGACAGUGAGAGAGCAUGAGCAAGGAGGAGGUCGGAAGGAGAAGCAGACUCCCCAUGAGCUGGAAUCCCGAUGCGGGACUCAAUCCGGGGACUCCAGAAUCGUGACCUGAGCUGAAGUCAGUAGCUCAACCAACUGAGCCACCCAGGCGCCCCUUGAGAUCUCUUUUUGCUAAGAUUUGUACCCUUUGGGAUCACAUCUUCUACUCCCUUCAAAAUAUGAGUGCAUGAAUGAACCAGUGUUUAAUCCGAGACUAGAAGGAUGAUUUCAAACAGGUAAUGCCCUGUACAAGUCAAUGAGAAAAUAAAUACUGGAAUUUUUCAUUUUGCUGAUGCAUCCUGUUCACACUCUUCACUUUUAUUUUUUUAAGAUUUUACUUAUUUGGCAGAGACACAGCGAGAGAGGGAACACAGCAGGGGGAGUGGAGAGGGUAAAGGAUUUCUGCUGAGCAGGGAGCCUGAUGUGGGGCUCCGUGCAGGGCUCAUCUCAGGUUCUUGGGAUCACGACCUGAGCUGAAGGCAGUCGCUUAACAACUGAGUCACCCAGGCACCCACACACUCUUCACUUUUAGAAAAUGGUUGACCUCAUAUUUGUAAUCCAUGUUUAUAAAUUUACAACUUGGGCAUAAUGACAGUGUCUCUUUUUUUCCCCCCACACUUGCUCCAAUUACAAAUCUCCACCCAGUCUAGCCUUUGUCCUUCCCCAGGCUCUGGUUUGAACUGGCCAGGGGUCUAAAGGCUGGCUUUACUUACUGAGUCUGCAGUUUGGGGCACCUAAAAUUGUGAAAAAGUACGAACUUCAUGGGAUUGUUGUGAAAAUUGAGACGCCAUUUUACUCCAUAAGUGGUAACUGCGGUUUCUGAGUUUAGCAGGAAAUAUCCCUAUCAAGAACAAUUCAUUUCCCUAACGUUUUUCCUGCAUCAACAUAUCAAAUAUACCUCUGGCAAACUUCUCUAGGCACAGUAGGGUGUUUGAAAUCUUGAUCCUAUUUCUAAGGCUUUUCUUCCUCUUUUAGCCCAUGGAUACCAAUAUGUUAGCCCUGCUUACUUAUAUACUCCAGGCCCAGUUAGGGGUUGUGUAGGGGUUGAAGCGACAUAGGGAGAGGACAGGCUGGAUUGCAGGUAUAGAUAAGGGAUUUCCUCCCAGCAGGGUCAUCCCGGCCUUGUGAUUUGGAAGAAGGGAGGUGGGGAUGGGUGGUAAAACCGCAGGGGUCAAGGGAGUAGGCGAAUGGGGGUGCAUACGGGACAAUAGGGGUGAGAAAGGAGUAACCAAUUUAGAUCCUGGUCCACAUGGGUGAUGAAGGGCAAAUAGGGAAAUCUAGCCCCAUCUCCCUCAAUGCCUCCUUGGGGCCCGAAAGAGGCGCUAUCCCAAGCCGCUCUUGGCCAAGCUCCCCAGCGGCCCUUGAGAACUCGCGAUCGAGAGGAGACCUCCGAGCUGCCUAGACGGGACCCGGAAGUGCGCACGGGGGAGCCCGAGUUUCCAGUCGUGCCGGGGGACCGUGGUCGACGCUGCUGCGGAGCGGUUGCGCCAUGACUGCCCGUCCGUUGUGCCGCGCUCUAAAGAAAUUUUAGAGGUCUUGUCUUUGGAGCAGCACCGGGGAUUGGAUCCAGCCCAUGGAGAAGCUGCCUGAGCAGAUAACCCCGGAGUCCCUGUAUCCAUCCUCCCAGCAGGAGCCCCGAAAGAGCAAGGAUGCUGUUACUUUUGCCUGGAAUAUUCUUCAUCUUGUUGAUCCUGAUCAUAGUUCAAGAUCCAGCUCAACGUCAUUCUUUGAGGCUGCCAUCUCCAGUUCACCUAGGAAUAAGAAAACUGACACCCAGGAAGGAGAAAUAACUUACCCAAGGUCACCCUCCUGGGAAUGGCAGAGCUGGAAUUCGAAUUCAGAUCUGCCCGGCUCCGGAUCGCUUCCACCUCCAUCAGCGCACCCACCGCCGCGAACAGCUGCGGAGGCCAGGGACUGCCGAGCCGAGAGCCAGUUACCAAGAGCCUGCAAGUUCCUUUUUUCAUCCCUGAAUCGCUGCCUCUGGCCUAAGCUGGGCAUGGGGCGUCCGGUGAUGAUGACUUUAGAGAACAAGGAUCUGAAGGGAUUCACGUGGGCCAUAGCCCCAGCCUUGACCUCCCUGGGCUACCUGCUCAUACUGCUGGUCUCCAUCUUUCCCUUCUGGGUGCGGCUGGUAAACGAGGAGUCCCACGAGGUGUUUUUCAGUGGCCUGUUUGAGAACUGCUUCCAUAUCAAGUGCUGGAAGCCUCGACCCUUAUCAGUGUACAUCAUUCUCGGCCGCGUUUUCCUGCUGUCUGCGGUUGUCCUGUCUUUCCUCACCACCUUCGUCCUGGUGUCCUUUGCGUCUCAACUGUUUCCCAGGACCUGGAGGCACAAUCUGGUGUCAGCCUUCAUCAGCUUCCUCACAGGGGUCUGUGCCUUCCUGGCCUUGUUGCUGCAUGCCCUGGAGAUCCAGAAUCUGAGGAUGAAGCCCAGCCCCCCCCAGUUCUCCGUGCAGUGGCCUUACUACGUCCUUGGCUUUGCCAUCGUUCUGUUCAUAGUGGCUGGGAUUUGCAUUUGCUCUUGUUUGAUGCUCGUAUGUACAACUAGCCAAGGAUCACAACAGGUGCCAUCUGCCUCUUCCAAGAAACAGCCUACCUUAGCUGCCAUUGGUUGCCCAGUUCCCGGAGGAGUAUCGAGGAGACCCAGGGCGUCCCCCACCUGGAGAAUCUGGAGAGUUUGGGAGGAGACCUGAGCUCCAUACAAAAGGAGACACUGCUGAAGGAAGAAACGGUUAUCUAGUCCAGGAGAGCAUCCUCCAGGCGUCCUCCGCUGUAUGAACCUGCGGAGGCCUAAGGGGCAGCCGGUCUCUGUCGCUUCACUUUCGAGGAGCUUCGUGACUCAGAUCAGUGCUCCCCUACCCUGUACUCACAGCUAUUCUGUCUUGCUUGUAUUUGCAAUUUAUUAAAAGUUUUUUGAAUUAG